AUGGGCGUGUGCAAGCAAGGUGUGCAAGCGCAUGCAUGGGUAGAAACCUUCGACGCUGACACACGGCAGCCCAGGCUGCAGUCUGUCGUGUGGGUUUUGGCGGAGCCAUUACGUGGCGGGGUCGGCAUGCAAGGUUCCUCAUCCUUCGAGACGGGCCGGUGGAUCAAGAAACAGGCGAGAGGAGUGUGCGUUGGGACUGUUGACUGA